AUGUCACAUCAUAAUACGAUGACUUCAAAUGUAUCAGAUAUGAUAUCACAACAACGAUCAAACUUACAGCAUUUACAAAAUUUACAACAACAUACUAGAAGUAUGACUUCAACUGAUUAUGCUACCUAUUACAAUAUGCAGCAACAGCAGCAGCAGCAACAGCAGCAACAGCAGCAGCAGCAACAGCAGCAGCAGCAACAGCAGCAACAGCAAGCUGCUCAAGCUGCUCAAGCUGCUCAAGCACAAGCGGCACAGGCUCAAGCUCAAGCUCAAGCUCAAGCUGCUCAACAACAAUUAAAAGUUCCUCCUACUAGUCCUAAUCCAUUACUUUCAAUGACAUCUGAAGGCACUACUCAAAGUACAAUUUUACCACAAAUGAUUUCUACCCAGCAACAGCAACUACAACAAGGUAGAAACUCAUUAACAAAUACAUCAAUUAAAUCAAAAGUUAGAAAUUCUAUACAAGAUCCAAGAUCACCUUUAGUAAUAUUGGUACCAACAUCCGCACAACCAACAGAAAUUUUAUCAGCAAGAUUUGCAGCAUGGAGAAAUAUUAUCAGAUCAAUUUUAACAUAUUUAACAGAAACUGCAUCAAUUCAAGAUGAAAUUGUUAGACAGCAAUUAAGACUAUCACAUGCAAUUCAAUUUCCAUUUUUUUCAAUUGAAAAUCAAUCACAACCAAGUUCAACUGAAGAUAAAAAUGUUCAAAAAUUCUUUUUACCAUUAGGUAACGGAUCAAUUCAAGAUUUACCAACAAUUUUAAAUCAAUAUCAUGGUACUUUAGCAUCAGCUGCCUCACGUACAUCAAAAGAAUUAACAAGUGAGGUAAUUCCAAGAUUAGAAGAUUUAAGAAGAGAUUUAUUAGUUAAAAUUAAAGAAAUUAAAUCAUUACAAUCAGAUUUUAAAAAUUCAUGUUCAAAGGAAUUACAAGAAACAAGAUCAGAUAUGAAACAAUUUGUUGAAUCUUUAAAAGAGACAAGAUAUAAUGGUACUCCAAAACAAGAUCCAUUUUUAACGAAAAUUAUUUUAGAUAAACAAAUUAAAAAACAAUUGAUUGAAGAAAAUUUUCUUCAUGAAGCCUUCGAUAAUUUACAAACUUCUGGAGCUGAAUUAGAAAAAGUUGUGGUAAUGGAGAUUCAAAAUGCCUUAACCAUUUAUGCAAGAUUAUUGGGUCAAGAAUCUCAACUUGUAUUUGAUAUUUUAAUUUCAAAAUUAGAUGUUGGAUUUUUUAAUAAAGAUCCACAAUUUGAAUGGGAAAAUUUUAUCGCUAGAGAUGAUAAUUUUAUUUCACCACAUUUACCAAUGAGAAAACUUAAAGAAAUUGUGUAUAAAUAUCAAUAUGAUCCAAUGACUUAUGAGAUUCAUUCUGGUUAUCUUGAUAGAAGAUCAAAAUUUUUAAAAUCGUAUUCUCGUGGUUUUUAUGUACUAACUCCAAAUUUCUUACAUGAAUUUAAAACUGCAGAUAGAAAGAAAGAUUUAGUACCUGUAAUGUCAUUAGCAUUAAAUGAAUGUACCGUAGCAGAACAUUCAAAAAAAGGUUCAUCUGAAAAUAAAUUAGUUUUACAUGCAAAACAAAAUGGAAUUAUUCAUAGAGGUCAUAAUUGGGUAUUUAAGACAGAUUCUUAUGAAUCAAUGAUGACUUGGUUUGAUAAUUUAAAAAUAUUCACAAGUUUUACUUCAUCAACAGAUAAAUUAAAAUAUAUUACUGAAAAAUUUAAUUUAGAGGCAGAUGGGAAACCAAGAGUAUCUUCAACAAUUUCAAAUACUGCAUCUCCAUCAAUGACAUCUCCUAGUGCAGCAGGUACAUUAACGAAAAAAACAUCUUCACAGCAGGACACAUCUACCGAAACCAACAAUAACAACAACAACAAUAAUACUUUGGUACAUACCUCUACAAAUAUGGACAAUGAUGAAAUUACAACUUUACCAAACUCCACACCUCAUCUUGAUAAUGCUACAAAUACUAAUACAACAUCAUCCAUCCCAGAUACUGAUGAUUCGCAAAUACGAGAUGGUUUACCUAAUUUCUAUAUCGAAACAGUACACCCUGGUAACAAAUAA